GACUGGAGGAUCAGCGCGCUCCAUAAAAUGAUCCCAGUCGGCGACGUGAUACCAUGUCGCAUCUCGUCUGAUGUUUGACACAUUUGAGGAGCGACUAAAGGAACUGGAGGAGGACAUUGCAAAGUCAGAGAAUUCAUCCCAAGCCCCGCUGGCACCUUUUUACUGGAGUCCGAACAACAGAUCGCCGUCCAGAUGCAGUUUCGACUCUUCUCAUUUGCCCUGAUCGUAUUGAACUGUAUGGAGUACAGCAACUGUCAGGCGCCGUCGCACCGCUGGAGGAGAAGCAAAAGAGCUAGCUAUGGAGCGUACCCCAUCUGUAAAGGCUGCUCGGUGUGCUCCAGGGACAACGGCUGUGUAAACUGCCAGCCCAAACUCUUCCUGUUCCUGCGGAGGGAGAGGAUGAGGCAGUACGGGGAGUGUCUUCACGACUGUCCAGCCGGAUACUACGGCAUGCGCAGCCCCGAACUCAACAUGUGCUCCAGAUGCAGGAUAGAGAACUGCGAGUCCUGCUUCAGUAAAGACUUCUGCACCAAGUGCAAGUUGGGUUUUUACCUACACAAAGGGCGCUGCUUUGACAAGUGCCCCGAGGGCUUUGCUCCGCUGGAGGAAACUAUGGAGUGUGGAGAGGGCUGCGAGGUGGGCCAAUGGAGCGAAUGGGGAGCCUGCACCAGGAGAAACAAAACCUGUGGCUAUAAGUGGGGUCUGGAGACCCGGACGCGGCACAUUGUUAAGAAACCACCCAAGGAUACGAUACCCUGUCCCACCAUCGCUGAGUCCAGGAUGUGCAAAAUGGCCAUGAGGCACUGCAGGAGAGGUGGCUCAGGGAAGCACCGACCCAAAGAACCAAAGAAGAAGAACAAGCAAAGGCUGCGGUUUCGGGCCCAGAACCAGCACAGUGACCACUUGGCCUCUGCGCGCUCCAGCCAGUGAGGACUGAAACUACCCAUUGAACAAAGAACCAACGCAAAGCUGCUAGCCGCUGCUGCACCCAUA